AUGGUUAAAUUAUUCCCUGGUGCAUUAGUGUUGUCAAUAAUAGUGAUCUUACUAUCUAUUAACAUCACCUCUGCUUUAUAUGUUUAUAUUCCUCGUGGCGAAUCCAAAUGUUUUUUUGAAGAAUUGGCCAAAGACUCAUUAAUUUCAGGUGCAUUGAAAGCACAAAUUGGUGUGGAAGAUACUGGCAAUAUACAAGGUAAGUUAAAAUACAUCGAUACUCAAGAUAUAAGCAUAGAAAUUACUGUUGAUGAAACUUUUGAUAAUAAUCAAAGAGUUUUCAGCCAAAAAAUCUCUAAUAUUGGUGAAUUUACAUUCACCGCUUUAGAUACUGGUGAACAUGAAAUAUGUAUAAAACCUAUAAUCAAUUCUAAAGAACCAAUCAUAAACAGUAACACAAAUUCAAAUAUCAGAUUAUUUGUUGACUUUUCAUUGGGUAACGUUCAAAGCUUGGACAGUAGGAAAAAAAAAACUUUAAGCAAUUUAAAAGAUCGUGUUGAUCAAUUGACGGCUAGAUUACAAAAUAUUAAAUCAGAACAAACCAUUAUAAGGGAUAGAGAGACUAAAUUUAGAGACGAAAGUGAAGCAGUUAAUUCUAAGAUUGUAUUUUGGUCUAUUAUACAGAUUUUUAUUUUGAUUUCCAUGUGUAUUUUUCAAUUAAGAUAUUUAAGGAGUUUCUUUGUAAAACAAAAAAUUGUUUAA